AAUCGUGCUUAUACCACGAGAUGCAUUGGACGUUAAUUGUGGUAUGAAUACGUAAACACACAUUACCCUAAACGUAUCAUCUAAGAUAAAUAUAUUUAUAGAUCGACCAUAAUCAUUUGGGGAAAGCGGGAUAACUUUGACAAAUAUACGAAUAUUUGGUUCUAGGAGUGGAAUCCUCUGUUCACUGUGUGCUCUACAAAGAAGUCUUUUAUUUGCUGCCAGGAAGAUCUUCACUGUUUGAUUGCGUAACACUCACAUACGCUAGAUUAUGCACAAAAACUCUCAUACGGUUAUCUCAUGGCGACCAGGAAGUGGUUCUUGACAGCUUUGGUAUUAGGGAAGUUCUAAAAACGAUAUAAACGAAUAUUGCCAGAUUCGAGGCUAUCGUUGCGACAUCUUGUGCAGAAGUACCCUAAAGUAGAACUAAGAGCCUAGAAACAUGGCAAACAAUACCAACACGACACCCAUGGUUGCUCCGGAAUGUCCUACAAUUAAUUUGGAUAACUACACAUGUUCAAAUGCUCUGUUGUUGCCCAUACUUAACGAGUACACGUGGUCUGCAGGAACUAGAAUCGUUUUGUAUUUGGUUGCAAUGGUAUGGUGCUUUCUCGGAGUAGCCCUGAUUGCCGACGUUUUUAUGUGUGCCAUUGAAAAAAUCACAUCAAAAACAGCGAAGGUGAGAAUUCCCGAUCAAAAUGAACCGGAUGGAUUUAGAAUGAUUGAAGUCAAAGUAUGGAACGACACAGUUGCGAAUCUAAGUCUUUUGGCGCUUGGUACCAGCGCUCCUGAAAUCUUACUGUCAGUUAUUGAAAUCGUUGGCAGGAAGUUUGAAAGCGGAGAAUUGGGACCUGGUACUAUUGUUGGUUCAGCGGCCUUUAAUCUUUUAGUGAUAUCAGCUAUUUGUAUACUCUCUAUCCCAGAUGGGGAGACGCGAAGAAUCGCCAAUAUGCGAGUAUUCGGAUUAACGACAUUCAGCUGUAUUUGGGCCUACGUCUGGUUGUCGCUCGUUAUCCUCGUGAUUUCCCCCGGAGUGGUGGAUCUUUAUGAAGCCAUCAUCACUUUCUUGAUGUUCCCAGCACUUAUUAUUGGAGCAUACCUGAUUGACAAGAAACCUUGCAUGAAGAAAGAAGAAGCUGUCGAAAACGGAAUGGUUGGAAUUUCCUUGGAUGAAAAACCCGCAGCAGCUGGAGAAGAAAAAGAGAAACCGUCUAACAAAAACCUUCUAAAAUUAGCCAAGGAACUUGGACAUGAAUCUUUGGACCAGGGUAUUCCACCAGAGGAGGCGGCAAAAAUUGUUGCAGCUAAGCUGUCCGAGAAAGAGCAUCACAGCCGGAUGUGGUACCGCAUUAACGCCACCAGGAACAUGUCGGGUGGGCGAAAGCUGGUGCCUCAAGUCUAUUCAGCCUUCAAAGAUCUCUAUGAUCACACUCAGUUACCCGAGGACGAGAAGUCUGGGGGCAAGAUGGCUAUAAUGACUAAGGAUCACACUGCAGGAGGGACGAAGGCCGUGGUCGAAUUCACAGCAGCUACUGUGUCUGUUCUGGAGAGCGAAAAGAAAGUUCGUAUUGGGAUAAGAAGAUAUGGCAAAAUGGACACCCCUGCCACAGUCCGUGUGGAGACCAUAAAUGGUACAGCCACAGCACCUGAAGACUAUAUUCAUCUGGAGCAGGAAGUAUCGUUUGCUAGCAACGAGCUACUGCGUCAAUUGUACGUGGAAAUCAUUGAUGACAAUGAAUGGGAACCAGACGAAUUCUUUUUCGUCAAACUUUCCCUUCCUGAAAAAGAAGAGAAUACCGACAUUGUUCUUGGCAAUGUCUCCAUUUCACAAGUCACUAUCAUCAAUGACGAUGAACCUGGAAAGCUGGAAUUCGCUAAACCCAGCAUCAUUGCCAAGGAGAGCAGUAGACGAGUACGCAUCCCAGUCAACCGUGUCAAUGGCGCCGAUGGUCAUGUCUCUGUGGCCUGGAAGACGCGCGAUAUCACCGCCAUCAGCGGGAAAGACUACGAGGGUGGAGAAGGUGUGCUCAAGUUUGACCACGGAGAGACUUCUCGUACCAUAGAUAUCGAGAUAUUCGACAGCAUGAAACCAGAAAGAGACGAAAGUUUCCAAGUAGAGCUGGGAGAGUGCGAUGGCGGCGCAGAGCUUGCUAAAAUUAAAAAAACCAUAAUUACCAUAGUGAAUGAUGAAGAAUUUAAUGGUUUGGUGAGUAGGAUCGUGAAUUUGACGAAAGCUAACAUGGACGCUCUUCAGUUAGAAGAUUCUACUUGGGUUACACAAAUGAAAAAUGCCAUGAACGUCAAUGGAGGAGACAUAGAAAACGCCACUUUCAUUGACUACUUGUUGCACUUUCUCACCUUUUUCUGGAAGAUCCUCUUUGCUUUGGUGCCACCCCCUAAGUAUCUCGGUGGUUGGCCGGCUUUUAUAUUAUCUCUUGCGGUUAUUGGCUUUAUGACCGCGAUCAUCGGAGAUCUCGCCUCUUUGUUCGGAUGUCUUGUAGAUUUAAACGACAGCAUCACCGCCAUUACGCUCGUUGCCUUGGGAACUAGUAUGCCCGACACGUUUGCCAGUAAACAAGCAGCUGUUGGUGAAAAGACCGCAGAUAGCUCUGUAGGAAACAUCAACGGAAGUAACUCUGUCAACGUGUUUCUGGGUCUGGGUCUGCCCUGGCUCAUGGCUACAAUUUACCACACCUCACAAGGGACAGUAUUCACAGUCCCACCAGGAUCUCUGGGAUUUUCCGUCAUUUUGUACACCGCGUGUGCUGUGGUCGCCAUUUGUGUGUUGGUUGCUCGAAGAUUCCUUAAACCUUUUGGACAAGCGGAACUGGGAGGACCAAAGGGAAUGAAGAUUGUUAGUGCAAUAAUUUUGGUGUCGUUGUGGGUGUUUUAUAUUUUAUUAUCAUCCCUAAAUGCUGAAAAGAUUAUCAACGUUCAGAUUGGUGGAACUGUCUAGGUGCAUGUAGAUCUUUUAAAAAAUCCUUUUAAAAAUCAUUUCUUAGACCUUAGAUCAAAGUUGCCGCGUACUUAACUAUUGUUAAUUUUAAAAAAGAGUGUUAUAUCAUUGAAAAUAUUCUGUUGAAGUUUUAAUAAUUGGACCUCAAAUCUUUUGGCUUCCACAGUAAUUCAUCACAUUGGGUAAACUUACCAUGCAACGACGCGCCAGAUGUAAUCUAAGAUUUGACUUCUUUACGUGGAAUAUUACGGGCGUGUUUUUGACGUGGGUAAUUUGCAUGGUUUAAUUUGUGAUAUUCAUACUGUAUUAAUCUCUUUGGUAGGGGUAUAUUUAUUUAUUCGUGUUGAAGUAUGUAAUAUAAUAUGUGCCCUCAUAUGUGACCCAAUACUAACGUACUGUACGUUUACUUUUUAAUUUUACCGUCAAUAAAGGCAGUUUUUAUUUUAAUACUUUUAUACAAAUAUGUUUAUUUUUUUAUAACUCCAUUCAUUUGUGUUUUUUGUGUCUUGUUAUGUACGUAUAUAAUGCCAAUAUUUCAUUGUAGUUUUUGUUAAUUAAGCUAUGUAUUGUACCUUUGAAAACUCAGAAAAUAACUUGGUUUUUUUUGUUGUUGUUAUUAUUGUUUUUUAAAUAUAUAAUUUGGUUUAGCAUACAAAUUCGAUUAACAUUUUUGAUUAAUAAAUGUUAGCGUGUGAAUGCUUAAUUGCAAAAUACGUAAUGUGGUAUUUUUAAUGUUUAGAUUUGAAACCAUGUGCCCCAAAUAUAACAAGACAUAUAAGUUCAAACUGUUAUUGAGACAUUUGAGCCUUUCGGCAGCCUAUGCGUUUGUGUUUGAAAUCUUUUUGUAAACAUCUGUCCAGUGUAUUUUUAUAGAAGACAUUAGAUUAUAACGUUUAUUUCUGUAUACAUGUAUGAACAGUAAAAUAAAAUGUUAUAAUAUCAA